UGUGAACAGAGAAACAAAAAUUCAUCACUGCAUCAAUUGGAAAUGUCGUGUUAGUUUGUGGGCCAGUUUAUUUUCUAUUUAUUUCCGUAAUUACUCAAAAUUUUUACAUAGAUUUAAGUUUAAUAGUUACACUAAGUGAUACUCUAUCGAGUGUGUGUCUUCUCAAGUUGGUGGGUGUGUGAAAAAGUGAAGAAAAUUUAGAGAGAAAAUUUGCCAUGGUGAUUGUGAAGCAUUUCUUUGGCAUCAGCAUUGAGAAUUCAUUCUGGAUGCCCUAAAAAAAUCGGCCAGGAAGCCACUAUCACUGAAGCAGAAUCAUCCUGAAGGAUCCAGCUACGGAAAUCGCAGAGAAAUGCGAUUGUUUUAGAGAUUCCCGCACCAGGAAGCCCAUACAAUGACAGCAAAAUCUUUAAAUUUGUCUGGAAAUCAGAAUGGUGGCAAGAUACCACCGAAUGCUUCAUGUGGACCAGGAAAGGCGUCCCUGAAGACCCCUCGAGCAGUGGGGCCCUCGCCCCUGAGGCAACUCCUACCCAUUGCUCUCUGCCUGAUCUCAUUUGCCACUGUCCUCAGUGUUCUCAUCAUCUACAUGGACACAACUGAAAUUCGUCAUCAACAGUUCCGCCUCAAUAUGUCACGAGACUACGAUCUACAGGGAGUGUCUCAAGACAAUCCCCUCCUCGUUACAUAUUUUCGCGAAGUGCAGAUGCGAAAGUCCGAACAGAUACCACCCUUUAUCCUCAAUUCGGAGCCCGGUGAGGAGCUCAAUUUUACAGGAAGACACGAACUGGCGGCUGAAUUGGCCUCCACGGUUGCUCAGCUGACUGGCAAUCGGCCCAAUGGGACAUUCCUGCAGUCGCUGCCGGGCAGCAGUGAUGUGGCAAUGUCAGGGCCAUGGUUGGCCAGUACUUUGGGCUGGGGAGGUGUUAUCGUGGAGCCUGAUCCGCGAAAAUACUUCAACUAUCUCAAACAGAAUUACCAGAGGCGCAGCAUUAAAGUUGUCCAUGCGUGUCUCUCACCAAAUGAAUACCCAAAGGAAAUAACUCUGCAUCAUGAAGAGGAGAGUGAAGUCCAAAUAAAUAGUAUUAUGGACGAGGAGACUGAAUGGUUUCAUCCACGAGUGAAGUGUUUUCCUGUAUACACGAUGCUCCUGGCGAUGAAUACAACAAAUAUUGAUUUGCUGAGUGUUGGAUGUCACGAUCAGGAAUUCCUGAUCCUUCAAACAAUACCAUUCGACAGGGUGAGAAUUGAUAUAAUAUCUGUGCAUCUCAUGUCACGUCUCGAGGAGGAUAAUAUCCCCGUCUAUUCGCAAAAUAUUACAAAAUUUCUCUUUGGAAAAAACUAUAGACUCAUGCAGAAUCUCAAAAAUAAUCUCAUUUAUCAAUACAAUCGUCACAAUUGAUCACCUUUUCAUUUUUUGCAUGUAUUUUCUCAAAUGUGUGCCCCCCACAGAAUAUCAACAGCCCUUUUCCUCCCUUAUUUAUCAAUUCCUCUGUUUAAAUCACUUUGCAAAUUGUAAUUUAAUUUAUCGAUAGAUGAACAAGCAGAAAAAAAAGAAACAAUUCAACGUUAAUGCAUGAAUACAGUAAAAAAGAAAAUUACAGCACAAAAAUGACAAAGAUUUAGAUUUAGAGUGAAUGUUUCAAAGUCCCAAUGUUUUUUUUUUCUUCUUUUGUGUGUGUUUUCUUUCGAACAUGAAGAAAGAAAAUUGAGAAUAAUCCAGAUGAGAAUCAAUAUUUAGAUUAUGGAAAAAAAAGAAUAAAAAGGAAAAUCUCAGGUUUAUUUAGUUUCUCCGUUUUCCCUACCAGAAAUAUCACUAAAAAAAAAACAUUUAGUAAUUUUUGCUGCCUCUUUAAAAACUUCAGUAAUUUUGUAAGAUUAAUUUAAAAGUAAAGGAAAAAUAUUUUCACAUUUUUUUUUGUAUACCAAAUAUUACUCGAAUUUUUUUUUGUAUUUUUUUAACAAUAAGAAAAUCAACUGAAGAUUGUAAUUUGAUAGGUUUAAAAAAUGUUUGAAAAAAAGAACAUGAGAAUGAGGAUUUUGACCUAGAAAAAAAAACAGGUGCGUUCCUAAAGAAAAAUUGUAUUUUAACAGCUGGAAACUGAGAGGACGAUAGAGUUUCAUUGUUUUCUGAAUGAGAAUGAGUAAGUUUUAGUGAGAAAAAAAAGAAGGAUAUUGCAUAACUAUUGCCUCUAUUUUAACUUUAUAAGAAUAAAAGAGAAAAAAAUGAACACUUUCUUACACUUACAAAAUAUUUCGUAUAUCUUUUUUUCAAGUAGAAUUUAAUAGAUUUAUCGCUGGCCUUAAAACAAAUUGUGUAUUUAAUAAAUAAAAAAAGAAAGAUAAAAAAACCAGAUAUAGCCUUAAGAGAACAAUGUUAGUCAAGUAAUUGUUUAAACAUUCCUAUUUGCUGCCUUUCUUUCUUUUUUUGAAUAAAUAUUAAUAAAAAAAUAUUCAAAAAUAUCACAAAGUCAAUCAGAAUCAAAAUUUACAUUUUUCCUCACAUUUUUUAUCACUUUAUAUUUUUUAUUUAUUUCACCAUUAAAAAAAGUAUUAAAAGUUAUUCUUUUCUUGUCAUGCACUUUUUUAAGUUACUUUUUAUUAGUAUUUUUUUUUACUUUAGUAUUUUUUUCUAAGUUAGAAAACUUUCAAAGAAUUUAUUGAAAUGAUUUUUUUAAGUAGAUCCUUUUAAUUUCUUAGUAUAUAUUCCCUAAAUUUUACUUUAUUUUUAAGGAAACCACAUUUUUAUAAUAUUUUUUUUUUGUAGAAGGAUAAAAAUUACAAUUGUACAUAAAU